AUGACAUCCGAGGUCCAACAAUACAGUCCGCGUCCCUCUAUAGGUCCUCUAGGUAUUGAAGCUGCCCUUGAGGUGAAAGCCAACCCCUUCGUCCAACCUUGUCCGAAAAUAUUCGACGAGUUUACCUUGGCUGAUCGUGUUGCACUUGUGUCUGGCGGAAAUAGGGGCAUCGGACUUGAAAUAGCAAUCGCUCUAUGCGAGGCCGGCGCACGAGUUGUGUAUUGCUUCGAUCUACCUGAGGAGCCUUCAGAAGUGUUCCUAGAUUCCCAGGAUUUCGUACGCAAGCUUGGGAAUAACUCGAGGCUCGAGUAUUUCAGCGCAGAUGUACGCGAUCAACACCUGUUAUGGAAGAAGGCGGAGGAGAUCGGCGAUCAAGAGCAGCGAUUGGACAUCUGUGUCGCAGCCGCUGGCAUUGCUAAGCCUAACAUACACUGUUUGGAAUAUCCUGCAGAAACGUUCAAGGAGGUCAUGGAUGUGAAUGCUAACGGGGUUUUCUUCACGGCCCAGGCUGGCGGGCGGCAGAUGGCACGUUUCGGUCGUGGAGGCAGUAUCAUAAUGGUCGCCUCUGUGUUGGGGAGUGUCGCUGCUCUGGCCCACGGAGUGGCGCCAUACAGCUCGUCCAAGUCGGCUGUUCUGCAGAUGGCUCGCAGUAUGGCAUGUGAACUCGGAUGCAAGAAGAUUCGCGUGAACACGUUGUCACCUGGUUAUAUACAUACUCAAAUGAUUGGGAGUUUUCUCGAUAAACGGCCUGAUCUGCUCGACGAAUGGUCGCGCUUGAAUCCACUUGGACGAAUCGGAAGACCCGACGAGCUUCGCGGCGUUGUAACGUGGCUUGCCUCUGAUGCGUCGACUUUCUGCACUGGAAGCGACAUUGUUGUCGAUGGUGGACAUUGCGCGUGGUAGGUAUGUAUUAUCCGCGGGCUUCACUGAAAUGGAGGAAGCUGCACGAUAUCGCGGGUAAAGGUGCCAAGGGACGUGGGCCUUUGGGGUUUCCGAAAAAUUACAAUGGGUUGUGCCUGUCUGAGUGAAUCAAUGUUUAACAGAGAAAUGAAGCACACGGUUCACGAUACAGGGGGUG